GGGGGGGACAGGAAGGAGAGCAGGCACGGGUCACUUAUCAUAGGCCACUGUGGCCCCUACAGGAGACAACGGAGGCCACCUUAAGGAGGCAUCUGAGGAGGACACGUCUAAGAUCCUUUUAAGACAAAUCAAAGGGAGCACUUAAAGCCAAUCACGGACAUCUAAAGCCACGUCUAAGGAGACUUUGAGGAGACUUUGAAGGACACAUUUGAGGAGACGAUCUAAGGACACAUCGCGCCAUGUUCCGACGGCUUCUCCAGAGGAGACCCAAGCAUGAGCGUCUGGAGGAGGACCUGGAGGUGUGCUUCAAGGGUCACAUGGUGUCCGAGAAGGACCUGGGCUACACACACGUACAGCCAGGAGGCUCCGACUACUCCCCCCCAGCGCUGCCGCCUCCCCCCGUGAUGGCGGCCAGCCUGAACGAGCACAGCGACCACGGGGGGGGUCGGAGGGGGGGUGGCGGGCGGGGUGGGGGCGUGGUGGGGCUGGCCCCGGAGCACAUGGCCACGCCGGGCGCCGCGCUCACCUGGCAGGCCGCCAUCGACGCGGCGCGGCAGGCCAAGGCGAUGGGGAACGCGGGCGCCCCCAUCUCCACCAUCAGCUCCACCCAGAGGAAGAGGCAGCACUACACCAAGCCCAAGAAGCAGACCACCACAGCGGCCACCAGGCCGCCCAGAGCCCUGCUCUGCCUCACCCUGAAGAACCCCAUACGCAGGGCCUGCAUCAGCAUCGUUGAGUGGAAGCUGUUCAGCGCCAUCCUGGAGCAGGCCACUAAGGGGGACGGGGGGACCCCCAUCGGGGGGAAGGCAGCCGGCUUCGACGUCAAGGCUCUCCGGGCCUUCAGAGUGCUGCGACCCCCACACAGAGUUUGUCCUCUCUCCACAGGUCUCCAGGUGGUGUUGAACUCCAUCAUCAAGGCCAUGGUGCCCCUGCUCCACAUCGCCCUGCUCGUCCUCUUCGUCAUCAUCAUCUAUGCCAUCAUCGGCCUGGAGCUCUUCAUGGGCAAGAUGCACAGGACCUGCUUCUACCAGAAAGAGGGCCACAUGGGUCCUAUUGCAGACAAAAAGCCGGCGCCGUGCGCUCCUAACGGACGGCACUGCUCGGAGAACAGCACCGAGUGCAGCACGGGCUGGGAGGGGCCCAACGACGGCAUCACCAACUUCGACAACUUUGCGUUCGCCAUGCUGACGGUGUUCCAGUGCAUCACCAUGGAGGGCUGGAGAGUCCUCUACUGGAUGCAGGAUGCUAUGGGCUAUGAGCUGCCCUGGGUCUAUUUUGUCAGUCUGGUCAUUUUUGGAUCCUUUUUCGUUCUAAAUCUGGUUCUGGGGGUGUUGAGUGGAGAGUUCUCCAAGGAGCGUGAGAAGGCGAAGGCGCGCGGAGACUUCCAGAAGCUGCGGGAGAAGCAGCAGCUGGAGGAAGACCUGAAGGGCUACCUGGACUGGAUCACCCAGGCAGAGGACAUCGACCCGGAGAACGAGGAGGAGGGUCUGGAUGACGACAAGCCACGCAACCUGAGCAUGCCAGCCAGUGAGAAUGAGUCGGUGAACACAGACAACGCUCCAGCUGGUGACAUGGAAGGGGAGACAUGCUGUACGAGGCUAGCAAAUAGGAUCUCCAAAUCCAAGUUCAGCCGGUACUCUCGUAGGUGGAACAGGUUGUGCAGGCGGAAGUGUCGAGCGGCCGUCAAAUCCAAUGUUUUCUAUUGGCUGGUCAUCUUCCUGGUCUUCCUCAACACGCUGACCAUCGCCUCUGAACACCACAAGCAGCCUCACUGGCUGACUGACGUACAAGACAUAGCUAACAAGGUUCUGCUGGCCCUGUUCACCGGAGAGAUGCUGCUGAAGAUGUACAGCCUGGGCCUGCAGGCGUACUUCGUGUCCCUGUUCAACCGCUUCGACAGCUUCGUGGUGUGCGGGGGCAUCCUGGAGACCAUCCUGGUGGAGACCAAGAUCAUGUCCCCCCUCGGCAUCUCCGUGCUGCGCUGCGUGCGCCUGCUCCGCAUCUUCAAGAUCACCAGAUACUGGAACUCUCUCAGUAACCUGGUGGCGUCUCUGCUGAACUCGGUGCGCUCCAUCGCCUCCCUGCUGCUGCUCCUCUUCCUCUUCAUCAUCAUCUUCUCCCUGCUCGGCAUGCAGCUCUUCGGAGGGAAGUUCAACUUUGACGAGACGCGACGCAGCACCUUUGACAACUUCCCCCAGUCACUGCUCACCGUGUUUCAGAUCCUGACAGGAGAAGAUUGGAACUCGGUCAUGUAUGACGGCAUCAUUGCCUACGGAGGCCCGUCCUUCCCAGGCAUGCUGGUCUGCAUCUACUUCAUCAUCCUCUUCAUCUGCGGAAACUACAUCCUCCUGAAUGUCUUCUUGGCCAUCGCCGUUGACAACCUGGCAGACGCAGAGAGUCUUACCUCGGCUCAGAAGGAGGAAGAGGAAGAGAAGGAGAGGAAGAAGUUGGCCAGAACGGUCAGUCCAGAUAAGCGUCAUAACAACGAGAAGCCUCCCCUGCAGCAGGAGAAGAAGGAGGAGAAGAUCGAGCUCAAGUCCAUCACCUCCGACGGAGAGACGCCCACCGCCACCAAGAUCAACAUAGACACGGCGGAUGAGAACGAGGAGAAGAACCCGUACCCCGCCAACGAGUUUCCAGGUAGCACAGUAACAGUGCUCAAAAGAGAGGAGGAUGAGGAGCCAGAGAUGCCCGUGGGCCCCAGGCCCAGGCCCCUGUCAGACGUCCAGAUGAAGGAGAAGGCAGUGCCCAUGCCUGAGGCCAGGGCCUUCUUCGUGUUUAGCCACACCAACAAGUUCCGGAUGCUGUGUCAUAAGAUUGUGAACCACAACAUCUUCACCAACCUCAUCCUCUUCUUCAUCCUGCUGAGCAGCAUCUCCCUGGCGGCUGAGGAUCCUGUCAGGAACGUUUCCAUCAGGAACCAGAUCCUGGGGUAUGCAGACCAUGUCUUCACUGGCCUCUUCACCAUUGAGAUCAUACUAAAGAUGACGGCGUAUGGAGCCUUCGUCCACAAAGGCUCGUUCUGCAGGAACUACUUCAACAUCCUGGACCUGGUGGUGGUCAGUGUGUCCCUCAUCUCCUCUGCAAUACAGUCUAGUGCCAUCAACGUGGUGAAGAUCCUCAGAGUGCUCAGGGUGCUGCGGCCCCUGAGAGCCAUCAACAGAGCCAAGGGCCUCAAGCACGUGGUUCAGUGUGUGUUUGUGGCCAUCAGGACCAUCGGAAACAUUGUCAUUGUCACCUCCCUGCUGCAGUUUAUGUUCGCCUGCAUAGGAGUCCAGCUCUUCAAGGGCAAGUUCUACUCCUGCACAGACAUCUCUAAGCAGACAGCGGCAGAAUGCAGGGGUUCCUACAUCAUGUACAAGGACGGUGAUGUUAGGAAGCCAGAGAGAGCUAUGAGGAAGUGGGAGAACAGUGCCUUCAACUUCGAUGACGUCCUCCAGGGCAUGAUGGCUCUGUUUGCCGUCUCAACCUUCGAGGGAUGGCCAGAGCUGCUCUACCGCGCCAUAGACUCCCACACGGAGGACAUUGGCCCUGUCUACAACUACCGCGUGGUCAUCUCCAUCUUCUUCAUCAUCUACAUCAUCAUCAUCGCCUUCUUCAUGAUGAACAUCUUCGUGGGUUUCGUCAUCGUCACGUUCCAGGAGCAGGGGGAGCAAGAGUACAAGAACUGCGAGCUGGACAAGAACCAGCGUCAGUGUGUGGAGUACGCCCUGAAGGCUCGUCCACUGAGGAGGUACAUUCCGAAGAACCAGUACCAGUACAAGGUGUGGUACGUGGUCAACUCCACCUACUUUGAGUACCUGAUGUUCACCCUCAUCCUGCUCAACACCAUCUGUCUGGCCAUGCAGCACCACGGCCAGACGCGCUCCUUCAACGACGCCAUGAACAUCCUCAACAUGCUCUUCACCGGGCUCUUCACUGUGGAGAUGAUCCUCAAACUCAUCGCUUUCAAACCUCGGGGUUACUUUAGUGAUCCCUGGAAUGUUUUUGACUUCCUCAUCGUAAUUGGCAGCAUUAUAGACGUCAUUCUCAGUGAGAUCAACCCAGCUGACUCCUCCCCGUCUUCCCAUGCCCCUGUGGUAAGACCAAUGGGACUACAAAACUCGGAGGAUAACGCCAGGAUCUCCAUCACCUUCUUCCGACUGUUCCGUGUGAUGAGGCUGGUCAAGCUGCUGUCUCGGGGGGAGGGGAUUCGGACCCUGCUGUGGACCUUCAUCAAGUCAUUCCAAGCCCUCCCCUAUGUAGCGCUGCUAAUAGUGAUGCUCUUCUUCAUCUACGCUGUCAUCGGCAUGCAGAUGUUUGGUAAGAUAGCUCUGAGGGACCACAGCGAGAUCAACAGGAACAACAACUUCCAGACGUUCCCCCAGGCUGUGCUGCUCCUCUUCAGGUGUGCCACGGGCGAGGCGUGGCAGGAGAUCAUGCUGGCGUGCCAGCCCACCCGGCCCUGUGAGAUGGGCUCCGAGGUGGGCAGCGAGGACUGCGGCAGCCAGUUCGCCAUCAUCUACUUCGUCAGCUUCUACAUGCUGUGCGCCUUCCUGAUUAUCAAUCUGUUUGUGGCUGUCAUCAUGGACAACUUUGACUACCUGACCCGGGAUUGGUCCAUUCUGGGGCCGCAUCACCUGGACGAGUUCAAGAGGAUCUGGGCUGAGUACGACCCUGAGGCCAAGGGCAGGAUCAAGCACCUGGAUGUGGUGACUCUGCUGAGGAGGAUCCAGCCACCCCUGGGCUUCGGGAAGCUCUGUCCCCACAGGGUGGCCUGCAAGCGUCUGGUGUCCAUGAACAUGCCGCUGAACAGUGACGGGACGGUCAUGUUCAACGCCACCCUGUUCGCCCUGGUCCGCACCGCUCUCAGGAUCAAGACUGACGGUAAUUUGGAGCAGGCUAAUGAGGAGCUGAGGGCCAUAGUGAAGAAGAUCUGGAAGAGAACAAGCAUGAAGUUGCUGGACCAGGUGGUGCCCCCUGCUGGAGACGAUGAGGUGACGGUGGGGAAGUUCUAUGCCACCUUCCUGAUCCAGGAAUACUUCCGGAAGUUCAAGAAGCGUAAGGAGCAGGGUCUGGUCGCUAAGGUACCCCCCAAGACUGCUCUCUCUCUGCAGGCGGGCCUGCGGACGCUCCAUGACAUGGGCCCGGAGAUCCGACGGGCCAUCUCCGGUGACCUCACCGUGGAGGAGGAGCUAGAUAAGACCCUGAAGGAGCCCACGUCGGCAGCCUCGGAGGACGAUAUCUUCAGGCGAGCGGGCGGUCUCUUCGGUAACCACGUCAACUACUACAACCAGAGUGACGGCCGCGGCACCUUCCCGCAGUCCUUCACCACGCAGCGUCCCCUGCACCUCAGCAAGGCGGGCAGCCCCGGCGAGGGCGAGUCCCCGUCUCACGACAAGCUGGUGGACUCCACCACCUUCACGCCGUCCUCCUACUCCUCCUCCGGCUCCAACGCCAACAUCAACAACGCCAACAACACGGGCAUGGUGGUGCCCGGGGGCCCGGGGGGCAUCAGCCGCUUCCCCAGCCCCACCAUCAGCACCGUGGACGGGCAGAGCGGACCCCCCCUCACCCCCAUCCUCCUACCACGCUCUGCAUGGUGCUUCCCUCCCAAGAGGACCUGUUUCUAUGACAGCCUCAUGCGCUCGGACUCCAGCGACAGCCACCUGCCCAUCAUCAGGAGGGAGGAGGUCUCCGUGGAGACGUACGACGAGAGCUUCGCUGACGACAGAGACGCGCUCUCUUCCGACAUGCUGGUGUACCAUGAUGAGGAGAGUAAGCAGCUUGCUCCUAUGGAGGAGGAGGAGGAGGAUAGGGAAGACAGGAGAUCCUUGCAGAGUACAAGAAGAGCCUUCCUGUGUCCCACAACACUGGGUCGGAGGUCGUCGUUUCACCUGGAAUGUCUGAGGAGACAUUCGAAAUCGGACGUCUCUCAGAAGACAGUACUACCACUGCAUCUGGUCCACCAUCAGGCAUUGGCAAUAGCAGGGCUGAGCCCCCUGCUGAGACGAAGUCACUCCCCCACCCUCUUCACGCAGCUGUGCUCCACCCCUCCCACAAGCCACGCCUCCCGGGGAGGCCCAACCCACUACCAGAGAGUCCCCUCCCUGCGGCUAGAAGGGGCGGGGUCUUACGAGAAGCUGAACAGUAGCCUUCCUUCGGUCAACUGUGGACCGUGGUACAGUGACGGCCCCACCCUGGGCCCCACGCUCAGGGCGGGAGGGGGCGUGGCCAGCCAGCGGCCGCCGCGGCCGGUGUCGCUCACGGUCCCCUCUGUGACCUGCAAGGACGCCGCCUCGCCGUCACACGGCAGCGCCGGGAGCCUGGUGGAGGCGGUGUUGAUAUCCGAGGGUCUGGGCCGCUUCGCUCAGGACCCCUCCUUCAUCGAGGUGACGAAGCAGGAGCUGGCGGACGCGUGCGACAUGACCAUCGAGGAGAUGGAGAGCGCCGCCGACAACAUCCUGAACGGCACCAGCCAGCCCAACGGCAACCUGCUCCCCUACAUGCACCGCAGCCACGCGGCCGGGGAAGGGGACGCCGACGACGCCGUCCCCGUGGCGACGGAGGGCGAGAGGGAGGAGCUCCUGGGGGCCGUCACGCCUCCCGGCGAGGCGGAGGAAGAGGAGGAAGGAGGGGAGAUGGGGCUGCAGCACUGGGGGGCGGGAGGAGAGCGGAGGAACAGCACGCUAUUGGUGGAGGACGAGGACAUGGAGUGCGUGACGAGCUUGUAGUCGUGGCCUCCGCGGCGGUGACAUCAGCAGUGACAUAAGCAGCACAGUGUUGUGGCUAUCUCUGUGUCCGCCAGCCCUCCUUCGAAACACACACACACACACAGUCUCUCUCUUUCUGUCUCUCUCUGCCGGAGGCGCCAUGGUGGCCAAAGGCACAAACUAUCAGAUCAGACCCGGUGAUCUCCAUCUUUUAUACACCUGGAAGGAGGAUUUCUUUCUCUGUGAGUGUGUACGUGUGUUUGUGCGUGUGUGUGUACACAGUUGUGUGUGUUAACUAACGCAUGUAUCUGGGUGUGUCUCUAAAGUGCCUCACAGUUCUCACAUCCUUGAACCGUGGAGAUGAGAGAGGGAAGAAAAAGAGAGGAAAUGACGAAAGAGAAAAUACAAAAGUGUUGUUCUGUUCCACUGGCUGCCUGGCAGAUGGGUGUAAGGUACUGGACCUUCCCACAGUGCAAGCAGGGGCGGAGUCCGAGGUCAUUACUCUGGGUUGCUGGCCAGGUGUCAUGACAUUACAUGGUGCCGUUGGCAGAGCAACUCAUUUGGCCACAGUCCAGAGCUCCAUGCUGGGCCUCACACCAGAGCUCCACGAUAGUCCUCACACCAGAGCUCCAUUCUGGGCCUCACACCAGAGCUCCACGAUAGUCCUCACACCAGAGCUCCAUUCUGGGCCUCACACCAGAGCUCCGCGAUACUCCUCACACCAGAGCUCCAUGCUGGGCCUCACACCAGAGCUCCGCGAUAGCCCUCACGACCGGGCUGCUGAACUCGGCUAGUUCCACAGGGAACCUUGGAGGAGGGCACAGCUAGCCGGGGAAGACUUUAACAGAUGUACCUUCAGCCAGUAUAACCAUGGGGAUAUGAAACAGAGACACUGGCCAACAGGAAACCAACAUAGGGCAAGAGACAUCCUGGAACUGCCAGUCAACUUCAGCUGUCCUGCCACAAACCCCCACCUCUCCUCCUCCUCCUCCACCAAUCCUCUUCCUUCUCUGUUUAACGUCUGCCUAUCACGUGCAGCCGUUUCCUGUUAAAACACGAACUGGGCGGAGCUGUGUAAGGCUGUUCCAUCACAGAGACGGCAACCCCCCCUGCUGCCCCUCCUUGUUGACAUAUCUGCGUCGAUUUUGGUUUAGUUAUGAAGCUUUCAGGUUCCUCUGUGGCAUGGCUUGCGGAGGAGUGUGGAGAGACAGGGAUGACAAGGAAGAGGACACAGAGAUGGAAGAGGGUACUCUGAUGGACAGAUAUAACGGAGAUUAAGACUGCAACCCUAUCCCCCCUUCUCUACUACAUUAGUCAUUGACGUGAUGGCCAAGCGGCGUUCAGAGAACAGCUCGACACAGACACGCCCCCCCCCCCCCCCCCCACAACAGACCACACCGUUUACUGCCACCCCUGAGCAAUGUGCAACACUUGCUCUCCAUAAUGAUAGAUUUUCAUGAUGUUUAUUAAUUUAUCUUUAUUUUGUAUCUUUUGGUGUGCACAUGCCAGGGUGCUGUUUCUCCUUCUGUAUUUUUGCUUUGUUUAUUUUUUUUAGGAGAUUUAAGAAAAUUAAGUAUCCAGCCCAGUGGUUAGGGCAGGAUGUAGUAUGUGUGUGUGCGUGUGAGUGUGUCUGUGUAAUGUAUAACUCAGUGGGAGUCUCUCUAUCAGUAUGCACCUUUAUCAGAUUGUAAUUAUUUAUUUAUUUAUUUUAUCCCUGGGGGUGAAGUGUGUAUUUUUUUGGAGUGGGUGAAAUAUGUAUUUGCUGUUCUACAAAAAGCAGAUUUAUGCCUAAACGGUUCAAUUUAAGGUAGCAUAAGUAUGGUGUGUUGUGUGUGAUAUCGCCCCCUGCAGGUAAACCACCGACGGGCAUGCUUCCACAGCUUGGUGUUCUUCUGAUGCUUCAUGGUUGUAGUUCUGAAUAGUGAUCUACUGAGGUUGGUCAGGCUUCUCCUAGCCCCUUUCCCCCCCCUCCACACACACCAGACUAAAUCAGGAUCACUGGAAAACCAGCACACACUCACACACACAGCCUCGACAAGCCAGGACACACAGUUGUUGGACAAAUCAGAAUACACCUGCUUACUGCACAAACAACUCCCAUAUCGGCACUGUGUAUGUCACCGUGUGUGGAUCGUUUUCCUACACUUAGUUCUAACUCGGAAAUCCUGGUGUUACAUUCUAGGAACCCCUCACCCCUAACCCCUCACACGCACACAAAUGCACGCUCCAUGCACACUUCCCCUUCUCAAACAGAAGGGAGGGAGUGUGUGAGGAGGGUGUGUGUGUGUGCAUGUGAGGAGAGUGCGUUUGUGUGCGUGUGUGAGUUAGGCGGUCCGGUUCCAUUAGCAAGGUGACCAACAUCAGGUCAUACCACUUUGUUGCAGUUCAUACUGUAGGGCUAAAAAUACAAGAUGUUUUAGUAUUAUUACCCUUCAUUGCCAGCAACAGUUUAUGCUGUGCUGGUCCCUACAUGCAUGUACACUGGUUCACACACACACUCAUUCUUUCAUACUGUCUCAAAGCUCUAUUAUGCAAAUGGUGUGUUGAGGAGUUGUAGUGCCCGCGCUGCUGUAGUUCAACGUCCAUGGAACCCUGAGUUUAGACUUCUUCUGUACUUUGCAAAUGAGUUACAUUUCAAAAACUUUGAUUUUCAAUGCUGGUCGGUCACAGUCGUAGUUGUUAUCAUGAUCAUCUUUCUGAUGUCAUGUUCCUCCACUGUCAGUCAUGGACUUUCCGAUGUCAUGCUCCUCCACUGUCAGUCAUGGACUUUCCGAUGUCAUGUUCCUCCACUGUCAGUCAUGGACUUUCCGAUGUCAUGUUCCUCCACUGUCAGUCAUGGACUUUCCGAUGUCAUGUUCCUCCACUGUCAGUCAUGGACUUUCCGAUGUCAUGUUCCUCCACUGUCAGUCAUGGACUGAGGGUUUGCAGUGUGCCAGAAAGGACAGCGCAGUAGUGUUUGAUGAGUGUGGGGAUUGAAAGCAGGUUCUACCGGCUGCAUUUCCGUCUGUGUUCAGUGUAAGACCAUUGGCUGCUCAAACAGGUCACCCUGCCUGGCAUGCAUUUCUGAAUUUCAGUUAAGAUCUCAAAAUCUACUAUAUCUUUCUCCAAAACAAUGUCCUGAACAGGCCUCAUACAGAGUCUAAUCUUAGUGUGUGUGUGUGUGUGUGUCUGUUGUCUGCCACACCUCUCCUGCCCUCCUCACACGUUUGUUCUAGCUAGCUGGCAAAGAAUGUUUACACUAAAUCAUACACUCCACUGUCAAAAUAUACCAAGCUAGUGAAUGAGAGAACAUGUUUUUGCUCCAACACACGUACACACACACACACACAGACACCCUCCCUCGAGAGAAAGUUAUUUCGCUCACAAAUCAUCACCUGCAGUAGAUUCAUAUAGCUCUCAUUAGAAGCCUAACAGCUUGGACAUACUCCAAGUGUCCCCUGCUUCCUCUGUGGUUUGUGGCUUCGAGCCUGUAGGAGGAUAUCCAUAGCUGGUGGCACCCCCUUAAGGAGUGGAUCGGUGUUGCAGGCUGUCUGUUAUACUGCGGCUGUAGAAUUUCCUCUGGGAUGAGUGGGGGUGUGUUUGAAUUCCACAAGAUAUGCAAAAACAAUGCAAUAACUAGGACUGUAAAAAAAACAAGGUUCAUAAAGAAUAUAUAGUUGUACAGAAUUGAAAAGAGAAAAUGAUAUCACAUAUUAUAAUAUAUUCAGAUGUUUUUUUCUGUUUGUUAAAUUGCAGUUGUUUAUAUUGAAGAAGCCUGUUCUACUUGAAUUCAGGUGCAUUUCUGACUAGGGUAAGAUGUAUAUCUAUUUCCAGGACUCCAUCUAUUUGAUCUGUAUAAUCCAUCCACUCUUCGUUAUUCAAGUGAAAAGACAACUUGACACCAUUGUUGCAUGAUAAUCAUUUUAACAUUUCAUUGCGACAAAUUUUGCUUCUGUUGACAGAAAGGUUUUAAAUCAGGCAAGGUUUUUAAACAGGCAAGGUAUCUCAGAUACAGAGGUCCGCGUAGCUCUAUUCUAUAUCUAUUUUUAUGUAAAUAAACAUUGGGGAGUGCGUGGUGGUUCCUACUACAGAGGAAAAUAUAAGAGGAAAGUGCUGUGCCUGCAGUACAGUGCACGUGUGUUUGGGAACAGAUUUUGCAUAUCUUGUGUUCAUCUGUCAGUUUCCGUCUUUUAGUUGGUCUCCUGUCACCUUUUGUCUCUGAACUCUUUGCUCCCGCUCUCCUCCCUUUUUUCUUUGCACGCUCUCCCACUCCUUCUUUCCUCCUCCCUCUUUUUUUGCACUUCGGUUCCCUCCUCCAUCCCUCUCCUUCACCAUCUCUCCAUCACCAUCCCUCCAUCACCCUCUACAUACACCAAGCUGAGCAUACAUCACUUCCUGCCUGAGUAUUUUAACUUUCCCCCUCGACAGAUCUACCAAUCACAGGGCUCUAAGAUGAGUUAGAGAUGCUUAUUGUUUAGGCAGCUGAUUUAUUGGAGGAUUGGGAAUUUGAUUGAUGUGUUUAUUGAUCAGCCAAACAGAGGGUCAAGAACACUGCAGCGCUGUCUACGUGAGGAAACUUGUUGGCCUUUUUUGUGCAUGGUGUGGAAUCCUUUAGAAAGUCUAAUCCCACAACAUAGAGUAUUAUACAAAGUAGAGAAAUGUAAGUCUAAAUGAUUCUAUAUACUGACAAUCCAGAGGACUGGUGAGGUCGUCUGUGUGGUUGGACGGUGCUGAGCUCAGUUGGUUGGCUGGCGUGUCAGGCUUUGACUUCCUUUCCUGGUCCUUCACAAGGAUACGUGGACAUAAGGGAUGGAUGUUGAGGUUCAACUGGCAAUGAUUGUAUAUUUUUUAUAAACCAUAUAAAGAAUAUAUAUAUCCAUAGAUUUACUGGUAUGAUAUAAGAUUGUACCCAUUAAGAUGUUUGUUGUCCAGACUUUCAGUACUAUAAGAGAAUAAUGUAAUCUAUUUAAACUGUGUCCCUACUUAAGCCUCAACUUUCUUGUUGACUUUGUUUAAAUUUAGGGAUGGGGGGUGUAUUUUGUGGAUUCACAGGACGUUUAUUGUGAAGGUGGCUUGGGUGUUGGCUGGUGGGGUAACUGAUUGUGUUUUAGCAUGUAAGGGAUGCCGCAGGUGUGCUUGAUUGAAUCAAGUUACAGGGACAGUAUUGAAGACAGGGCCACACACAGAACCUACCUACACUAUAUAGUAUUGCUGCCAAAGCCGUUGUGUUUUAAAUAAUCUGCUUUAGUGUUUAAUCAGGAAGCGUGGUCAUUCUCUUCAGUGUAGUAUCCAAGCUAAGCCUUGUGGGUACUGUAGUGCACACUGUCAUUGGUUGACUACAAGUAUUGAUGUGCAAUGUUGACAUCCAUAUAUUGUCUUGGUGUAGACUUUGUUGUUUGUUAGCUACAUUUGAGAUGUUGGAAACACAGCCAGAUAUUGACAGAAAGGGAAGUUCAUCCAGCCAGAUGUUGUAUCGCCAUAAAUAUACGGUUUAAUGAUAGUUUAAGGAGGUUUAUUUUCCAUCUGUUGUUGCAUGUAUCAAUGGGACGAUGUGUAGCAUCAGGAGUGUCCUCCUAGUAACUGAACCAGAUCAACAAGUCGUCCAGAAACUUCCUGGAACACAGAACCAAAAAAAAAAGGGUUUUCACAACAGAACCUCUGAAGGUUCUCCCUGUGCUUUUAAAAUGAUAGCAGCUAAAUAUGUAGCUUAUCUUAUUCUGAAGGAGGAAGGAUUGUGAUUAGUUAAUAAUAUUUUUAUAAAAGGUAGGAUUGAUAAAAUGUGGGGAGGAAUAUGAUUGGACAAGGACUAGGAAGUAUUGUUGUUUUGGUGGCCAAUGAUCUACUUUUCAGGCGAUAUGAGGUGUUAUGAAGGAUUGAGUUAAGGAAGAUAUCUGGUUGACUUCCUGUUUGUCCUGGAAUUUGUCACAGUAAUCCCACAAUUCUGAUCUGCGUCCUCAUUCUAGUUCUAUCAUUUUAGUUCAGACACACAUGUUCUAUUUUCUUGUAAAUGAAUUGCUGUUGAUCCCUUUGAUCUAGACAGACAUAUUUUAAGACGACUAUUUUGAAUAUAAACUUUAUUUUCCUUCUUUCCCAGGGUAAAUUCUUAUGUAGGUUCACCAUUAGCCAUUACCUUCUCUUUCUCAAAAGCGCAGGAACAUCACCUUCUGACAUUUUACAGCCAUUAUCUUAUGGAAUGCCAUUUUAGUCAAUAUUAAAUAAAUAAAUAUGCCUAUUAAAUUAAUCUUGACAUAAAUGAGGCAAUAAAUAUGUAAUGAAUUGGUAUAGUACAAUAAAUAAAUAGUUUUUUGUUUUAAAAGAAUGUUGUUCAAAGAACUACUUUUAUAGAUUUCCAAUUACGUUUAGUUCAUAAUGCCACAUUUAUUUCAUAAUACCCUUAAAAUUUAUCACAGACGUUAAACAAAUUGUGUCGGCUUGCUAGCUAAGUUUACCUGGAGAACACCGAUUUUGCGAUUUGACCAU